UCUCUCAUUUCUUAUUCCUGUGUAAUAAAAAAUAACAAAACAAAAAAAUGAAGUUGGACUUGUUGCCCGAAGAUUGUUUUGCACACAUUCUAUCAUUCACCUCGCCUAGGGAUGCAUGUCGUGCUUCUGUUGUUUCUUCAGCAGUCAGGUCCUCUGCUGAUUUGGACUCAGUAUGGGGGAAUUUCUUGCCAUCAGAUUAUGCAGAUAUUAUUUCCAGAUUAGCAUCACCGAUUACUUGCUCAACCAAAAAGGAGUUGUUCCUCAGGUUAUGUAAACCACAUUUAAUUGAUGAGGGGAAAAAGAUAAUAUCACUAGAGAAAUCAACAGGAAAGAAAUGUUACUUGUUGAGUUCAAGGGAGCUUUCAAUUGCAUGGGCAAGCAAUCCUCUGUACUGGUCCUGGAAACCCCACCCUCAAUCAAGAUUCUCAGAAGUUAUUGAACUGAGAACAAUUUGUUGGCUACAAAUCCAUGGCAACUUCAAUACCCAGAUUUUAUCUCCAAGAACUGUUUAUGGAGUCUAUCUCAUUAUAAAAUUUGCUGAUCGUGCUUAUGGAUUGGACACCUUACCAUCAGAGAUAUCACUUAAAGUUGGAAACUUUAAAAUUCAAAGGAAAGUCUUUCUACGCCGGCAAGAUAAAACUAAAGAAGCUCUAGAAAGGGUUUUAUUUCUGAACAGGAUUGAAAGAUUAAGAUCAAGAAUCCAUGGAAGAAACGGAAGCAGCAGUGUCGGUCCUUGCGAGCGGGAGGAUGGAUGGACUGAGAUUGAAUUAGGGAGUUUUUAUAAUGAUGGAGAAGAAAACAAAGAAGUAGAGGUGAACUUAACGGAGAUUACAGGUGAGCAUUUGAAAGGUGGGCUUAUUAUAGAGGGGAUUGAACUUAGGCCCAAAAACGAGUGGCAUAUCUAGAAUUAAAGCGAGAUUUCGGGGGCAAAUUUGGAAAUACAAAAGGAAUAAACCCUAACCCUAGCCAGUAUUUUCCCCUUUAUAAACCCCAUCCUCUCUCUGCAAACGUAUGCUUGGCUGCUAGUUUCUCUUUUUCUGUUGGUGAUCGAUGCUCUCUCUUGUACUAUUACUUUCAAUUGUUCAGUUGAUGAACCCAUUUGCUUGGUUUUAGCUAGGAUGAUAAAUGUUUUUAAUCCCAGCUCAUUAUGAGACCUUUUGUAGGUCUGGGAAUUGACAUAAUCCUACAUUUAUCUGAGCUUCCACUUUUAUUCUGAUGGUUCUUUCAGAUUCAAACAUCACUUUGUGAAUUGAACUGUGAUGGGUAAGUUUCUUGGUUUGAAUUUCAGAUUUAAAAUAUUAGAAAUCUGUAUUUUUAUAGGUAUUAAAUUGAAAUCGGUAUUAGUGUUAAGUGUUCCCAGUGAUGCUUCUUGAUGAUCCAUGCUAAUGCUGAUGCUAGCAUGACUGAAACUCUUCUCUAUUUGCCUGAGGGAACUGAACAAAUCAAAUUAUUGAGGCUUCAACCUUGUAUUUCAUAGCGUUUUCAUUGUCGUUUUGAUCAAAAUAACGUUAUGACUUGUGAUUGUCGUUUUGAUAACAAGUCCAUGAUUCAAAGACUCGUAAAAGAAUGAAUUAAAUUCUUUAAAAAUUAAUAAAUUUAUACUGAUUUAAAAUAAUCCACAAGAAUUUAUACCAUUAAGAGCAAAAUAAGUCCGCCCACGACCCGGAACAUCGAGACCCCUUUGCGUCCCUAAGGGCACGCUCCCAUCGCGACCCCAAGUCAGGCGGGACUAUCUGCUGAGUUUAAGCAUAUCAAUAAGCGGAGAA